AUGAAUCUACUUCUUACUCUUUACCUACUUUGCUCAAUGACAAUCUCAUACGUAAUUUCAGUAGAAUGUUAUAACGGAGGUCAAACUUGGGGUAAUUCAGCUCAAAAGGAAAUCUUAAUGGAUAACUUAGAUAACCUUUGUCGACAAUUAACCGGAAAUUAUCCAGUGAAUACAGCUGCUUCUAGGUGUAUGCAAGGAGAAGAAAAACCGGGAAAUCAACACGAUUUCGUUUUUAGGAAUCUGGCUAAUUUUCCUAGAGUCUUGACUAUGGAUGUUUGUCUUAAAUUGAUUAAAGCUGAUAUUCAGGCUUGUCCUAUGGGUGGUUAUGUUAAUGGAAAAGAUUGGUUUCAUACCUCUGACCCCAAUGAAGGUGAAUGUGAUUGA